UAGUAGUCGCUGGCGAUCAUUUUUUAUUCCCCAGGCAAUAAUAUUCAAGCACUGUCGCCUGGCUGAGGAAAACCCUAUUUUAUUGAGGUGAAACUUCUUUCCAGAAUUUUCUCAACUGCGGUCAAGCUUUGUUUGUAGUGGGGAGAAACCGGCAUGUACGGGAAUUCACGGUUCGCCAUGGCACGGACGUUUGUACUGACUUUAGUCGUUGUUUUGGGAACUGUUGCAGCCGUCGGGGAGGCCCAAGUUUCAGGUACAAAAUGGAAGGAAUACACCCCAUAUUGGUGCACCCCACUGGGGAGAAUUUUGAUGAGUCGAGGAACGACUGUCGACGAAUGUAAAAGUUAUUGCAACGAAGGCUGCGGAGCUAUUGAAUGGUGGGAAAAUGGAGGUCAAGCGUGUUACCUGUGCACUGACUUGAGUCUUCUUAUUAAGUUCCCUUACACACAGGAUCUCUCUUAUCCACCUCACGUGUUCAUUAAACAAUCAGAUGUGCAAGCUACACCUUCUUCUACUGCGACCACGACUGCAACAACGUCUAAAGCAGUAACGUCUGAUGAAGGAAUACCAACAACUACGCCUGAAGAAACAACGACAACUUCUCCGAUAGAGGAAAUAUUCACAAAGAUAUUUCCAACAGAUGAAGACGACAUAUCAUCUACACCAGAUGAGGAAGGUACAACAACUGCUGUAACAGAUGGAGAAAAUGCUAUGUCGACUCUUUACCUUGUUUCAACACUUGCAACAGAACAGAAAAGGACAUCUGCUGCAUAUCAAGAAGGUACCACUGCUGCCCUAGAGAUGACAACUUCGUUGCCAACUGUAGAAGGGACAACGGCUUAGCCGGAAGAUACUACGACAACGUCAGUUGUGGAAGGAGACGGAAAAAUUUCUCUGCCAGAUCGUCAGAUAACAACCACUGCUCCAGACCUACAAGAAACAACCUUAAGUCCGUUUCAGGGACUGUCAACUUCUAACAUCGAAGGAGAAAGUACCACUAAGAAAGCAGUGGUACCUCAAGGGCAGGAAUCUUCAACUUCUUCUCCCAAAGGAACUACACCUGUGCCAGAAGAAGAACGGAAGACCACAGCAUCAGCUCCUGAAAAGAAAAUGACUAGUUCUAGGGAAGGGGAAACAACCUCAGCGAAAGAAACAGUAACAUCAUCUGUUCCAACGAAGAGUCAUUCGUUGACGACACCGCUGACUCUUCCUGGGGUCCCAAUUAAAGUAUCCUCCAAAUCCAUCUCGGAAACGGAGCUCGAGGUGUCCUGGAUCCCACCACAGGAAGGAAGCGCGAACAUCUUGUUCUACAGGGUCAAAUUCAUCGACGUCAGUGGAGGUGGGCUUACGAGAAUAUUCCAAGUUCCGGGAGACGUUCAGUCCGUAAAGGUCGGCUCCCUUGACGGGGAAACCGAGUAUCAGUUUACAGUGUCAGCUGGCAAUCAACAUGGAAUUGGACCAUUUUCGGAGGAAAGGUCUGGGCGAACAAAGGCCAAAAUAGCAAGAAUAGAACCCACUGAGGAUGCUGAAGUGCAAAGUACGAGCCAAGAGGAGCCAGUUGUGAAACUCUCUCACCGCACGGACUUUGUUGUUGCUGGAAUGGACAAGACUACCAGAGCCAUUUGUUUCGUAAGUGGACAGGAAUUUAUUGGCUGGUUUAAAUCAACUGGGGAACAAGUCCUUGGCACAAGUCCUAGCCACAGGAUGUACGUCGAGGAUGAAGAUGACGGCUACUCGCUUGUGAUCCGCAGACUUAUGCGAUCGGAUGGCGGAGAAUAUGUUUGCCGUGGAACGAAAACGAGUGCAACUUAUUCUCUUUACGUGGAAUUUUCUGUGGAAGAUCCUCCAGCCACGCAAAACCUGUGGUUGAACCAAGAUGGCGAGAUAUUUGUCGGCGUCAAGAUUGGGUAUCCAGCUCCGGAGUAUCUGUGGAAAAAAGAUGGAGUCAAACUUGAUGCAAACUCAGGUCGAUUCCGUCUUCUGCCCGAUGGAACCAUCAAAAUUAGUAAAGUGUCCGCCGAAGAUGCUGGAGAUUAUAAAGUGAGAAUAUCUCAACUGAACAGACGAAGGGAAACCACUGAAACAAUUAAAGUCAAGAUUUUUGACCCUCCGAAGAUCGACAACACAAAGCCAGCGAUACGUAAUCUCACCUUUAGCUAUCCAACGACAUUAGAAUGCGUAGUCUCCGGUAUUCCCAAACCGGAAGUCACAUGGAUUGGCCCAAAUGGCGAGACAGUCACAGGGUCAGAGCAACGCAUCUCAUUUCAAAGCGACGGUAGUUUAAAGAUACUCCAAGUGAACCUGUUCGAUUUUGGGAAGUGGACCUGUGAGGCGAUAAACUCUGUGGGAAGAGCCAGUCGUCGGAUUGAGGUUCAGGCGAUAUACAUGCCGCCAGAGAUUCACCAGCUUUCAAACAUCACCGCGAAAGAAGGAGACUCAAAAUCAUUGAAUUGCACCGCAUCUGGAUUUCCGCUCCCGGAAGUGAUUUGGCUCAAGGACAAUAUAGAAUAUCCAGGACAGAUGAAAAAACCUGGCGAGAGUGUGCUGAACAUGGAAGAUCUCGGCUUGGACGACAUCUCGAAGUUUGUUUGUCAAGCUUCUAAUGCAGCUACGAAUGAGGAAGGAGAAGUUAUUGUCAAGGAAGUGGCUAUCGAUCUCUUUGUUAUGGUUGAACCAAGACCAUACGAUUCAAACCUGGUCAAAGAACCCAUAUAUAGUGAGCUGGGGAGCCCAGAUCCCGUCCGACUGGCCUGUGCAUUUACUGGUUACCCUCCCCCACAGGUGUGGAUUACAAAGGAUGGCAAUGUUGUAAUAAAUGGCGUAGAAUCAGUUUGGAUAGACAAAGUAACGGACAGCCUUGAUGAUUACGGAUUGUACCACUGCGUCGCCGAGAACGUAGUUAGUCUUUCGAAGUUGAAUUAUACCUUUGAAGUCAGGCGAUCAGAGGCUCCGAAGUUUACGUUGGAGCCCAAGCUCCCCUCUGGAAAUCUAACUGCAGGCUUUCCAGUGACCAUGACAUGGAACGUUUCCGGUAUUCCAAAACCGGAAGUAAGAUGGAAGAGCCCUUCAGACGGAUACGUAACUUUGGACAAUCCUCGCUUCUUGUUAAAUCAAAGGGAACUCACCAUUAAGACGUUGGAGGAAAAAGAUGCUGGAAUGUGGACGAUAGAAGCAACGAAUAGCUUGAAAACCACGAAAGCUCAGGUGGAAUUCGGCACGGUAAUUGUGCGACCCCAGAUCAAUCCGAUACCCGAUGUAGUAGCACAUGAAGGUAAAAGUGUUACGCUGACCUGCACCGCUUCUGGAGUCCCGAUCCCGGAUGUAAAAUGGAUAUCAGAGGGAAAGGAUUUCUUUGACGAGCAGAGAUCACCUGGUAAAAGUGAGAUAACUCUUCUGAACCUGGGAUUGGAAGACAACUCACUGUUCAUUUGUGAAGCAAAAAAUGGAGCACAAGAUGACAAAGGAAAAGAGUUGGUCAGCGUGCAAAGCAUGAAACUAAUCGUCAAAGUUGAACCUAAACCAGCGGACAGCACUCAUCGCGCCAAGCCUGUUCUUUCCUACAUUGGUAACCCUGAGCAUUCAGUAUUCAACUGCGAGUUUAGCGGUUAUCCGCCGCCUGAUGUAAGAAUCAUCAAGGAUGGUCAAGUUUUGGCUUAUAGCAAGGAUUCACUUUCGUAUAGUGUUAGCGUUGAUAGCGUGGAUGAUUUUGGUGAAUAUGUCUGCAUGGCCGAGAACGAAGUGGGGAAAUCCAAGCAGAACUACACCUUUGAGAUACAAUCAUCAGCUGCACCAAGCAGCCCACGAGACUUAAACGGGGAACCAACGUGCGACAGCAUAAUCCUAAGCUGGAACCACCCCGAGGAAAGUGGAGGAUUUCCUGUUAUAAACUACGUCAUAACUUACAGCAAUAAUACGAUGGUCAUCUCCUCAGACAUGACUGACUUCGUUAUCGACAACUUAGAACACGGCAAGACGUACAAAAUCGCUAUACAAGCCAGAACGGAAGCCGGCAUCGGGAAAGAAGCAAGUUUGAAAGUGAAGACGACUCAGUUUUGCAAAGUGUCAUCUUGUGUAAACAUCAUUGAAGAUGGAGAUCUUUUCACUUUAAAUGCCAGCCGGGGUCUCUGGCCCAGAGACGGAUUCUGCCGAGGAUUGAGCGCUCACAGAGCAUCGGCGCCUGACAUGUAUAGAUUAUCCGCUGACUAUUACAUCCCUGGUACCAAGGACUCGAUGAUGGUUACCUAUGUGGGUGUAUUCUUUAACGCCCAGAAUGAGGAUAAUUUCGAUUUUAUAUUCUUCAGGGUUGGUGCGAGUGACAACCGAUGCUUUCAAACUGGUGAGAUCCAGCGACGCCGGCUGAACUGGUAUGGUUCCCAGGUCGGCUCCUGUCCGCAUGGCCCACCUCGCAAUGCACGAUGGAUACACAUAACACUCGAAGUCCGAAAGUCUGAGGUUUCAGUUUUCCUGGAAGGAGUUCACGUGACUUCUUUUCGAGGCCACUUUCCUCCCAAAGGAGCCGGAGGUGUAUUAUUAGCUAAUCGUCAAGGAAGUAUUAUACAGUUCAAGAACUUUAUCAUCAACGAUAUACCCUCCUUGCCAUUCGAAACAAAGAGUUGUGCUACAGUGCAGGAUAACACGAAGUUCUACUCAAUGAUAAGUCAAGGAGACUUCUGGUCGCAAGGAUUCUGCCGCGCUCUUCUGAAAGAGGUCAACCUGGCGGAGACAUCUACUUACCAGGUGUCCGUGGACUUGUUCAGUGAUUUGGGUUGGAGUGGGGACAGAGUCGCGUAUCUUGGAAUCAUUUUCAAUGCUCGCGAUAUCAACAAUGCUGACUUCAUUUAUUUCAGACCUUACUGGAAAGACCAUUGUUACCAAACAGGAUACAUAAUGGGUGGACGCCAAAAGAGAGAGGGCGCCAAAACCGGGCCUUGUUCUUGUACCGUUACAGGUGGGAAAUGGUUCAACGUCCGCUUGGAAAUCCGCGGUAACAUCGUAAGCGUGUUUAUGAACGGUGUGGCUGCUGCAACUUUCAAAUCGCACUACCCUUCCACUAACAAAGGUAGUGGUGUCCUUGUAACUGGCGGUUGCCGGAAGUCCAUUCGUUUCAGGAAUUUUACUGUAAAGUCGCUUCCGCUACUACCUUUCACCUCCAAGAAUUGCCAGAGCGCAAGGGAUACUGGGAGCUACUUCACCUUAAUAGCUUAUACCGGGAUUGAAGACACCACUCAACCCGGCGUGUGCCGCGCAGUGUACCCGAAAAGUGUCCUGGGCACUAGUUACGUCAUAAGCGUCAGUUUCUAUGUUCAAGGGAGUCUCCUGGGAGGAAAGUAUGGCGUCAUGUUUAACGCGAAGAACGCUGACAGCUUCGAGUUCGUUUACUUCCGGCCCUACAACCGCGAUGACUGCGUUCAAAUAGGUUACCUUCAAGGCACUAAAGUCAACGAAGGGGAUAGAAGGGAACGUAAAUCUCUGACAUGCACAUAUGGAUUCAUGCGAGGCGGAAGUUGGUAUGAUGUGCGCCUCAAGGUCAGCAGAAGUGAAGUAAAGGUUUUCAUAGAUGACGUAGAGGUCGCCGCUUUCAAAAGUCGUUUCCCGACUAUUGGGCGCGGUGGAGUCAUGGUGGCCAGCGGUUACAAGCGGAAAAUAAGCUUCAAAAACUUUCGCAUACUAUAAUUAUAUUAAUGAAGAGCUGGGAAUAUUUACCCAAUCCGCAGCGGUGAUGCGGCUUUGCAAAAAUCUCACGUUUCCUUUCAUAGGGAAACGGAUAAGAACUGGAAGUUUAAUGCGACAUCAUGUACCUGGCAAAUUGGGAAUGUUUAAAAAUUCGAAACUGGAAAUGUUCAAGUAAUACAAUCUGCAAACCUCUCUCUUUCCCUUGAAUAGAUUUUCUUACCCUUAAGACAAAUUUGCAAUUAUAAUUUCAAGUAAAAUAACGUCGAAAGGAAAUGUCGUUCGGCUAAUGUAUACAGUAAUGACGACUUGAGUUUUUGUUGCUUGUAAUAUUUAUGAGCAAGUUCAAAUUUUAACGAAUUUAAAAAUUUUAAACAAAUUUUAACAAAUUUUAAACUAAAAUUUUAACGAAAUUGGUCAACUUUCCCCCACCAUGUUCAGGCGGAUAUUCGGUUUAUAAAAUCAGGUUUUAACUUGUCUUACCUGUUAUCGUCUUAUAUCGAUUAUCUUCAUGUAUGUAUCAUCGAGCCAUCUAGAAAAUUUCUCUGACACGGUGAUGUACCAUGUUACGAAGAGAUCAUGAUCUCUUGAUGUACCAUACACCAAGUAAAUUUAAUAUGUAUUGAACUAUACAAUAACUCUAUUGUUCCCAUGCUUCCAACGUUGUUCAGGGAAAAAUGUUGUGCUUUUUUUAGCCUUAAUGGUAUUCGUGGCUUGGUAAGAGGUGCAACAGCCGGCAAUGAAAAAGAUAUCAAAGACAAUAACAUUAUAUUAACGUAUCUUUUAAUAUUUUAAGCUGACAACAAGGUAAAGAAAGAAGAUGACUUUCCAAGGGUGCUUUGUUAAGAGUGAAGCAGUAGUUUAAAUAAAUGAGUUAAAAAGAAACUGAAGAAAAGGCUUGA